AGCACGUGUCGGCGACUACCGGCCAGUCAAUGCCGCGGCGCGAGCCAACGUCGGAGCUGCAGAGACCUGGCGCUUUCAUCAUGCCGGCGGCACCGCCGGCGGACACCGCGCGGAAAGCGACAUAGUCGACCCGUCGUCCGCCUGCUGGUCGCUGUUCGACGUGGCGACGGCCGGCAUUGUCAGGCGUGGCGCCGCAGUCUCCGUCAAGCAUGCAGCCACGAGAACCCGGCGAGGAUGAGACGGCGAGGGAAGGCGGCCGCACAGACGAGGUCGUCCCUCGCGACUUUACGCUCACUGCGGCAGCGUGGUCGCUCCCCGUCCAUCGGGAGGCAUUCGCGAAUCUGCACGCUCGGACGCACGUCGAGACCUACCACCACCACUGCCAAGUACUAUUAACCAUGGGCUGCGCUCAAUCCACCGCUGCGAAGGACCCGGCUGAGACGACGCCCGCUGAGACGACGCCUGCCGAGGUCGUCGCCACGGAGACCAAGGCCGAGGAGACGCCCGCCGCCACCGAGGAGGCUACUGAAGAGGAGAAGCCUGCCGACGCCGCUGCCGCCGAGGAGGCCACGGAGAAGGUUGCUGAAGAGGAGAAGAAGGACGAGAAGGUUGAAGAGGAGAAGCCUGCUGAGACCGCCGCUGUCGAGGAGGAGAAGCCUGCUGAGGCCGCCGCCGCCGCCGUUGAGGAGAAGCCUGCUGAGGUCGAGAAGCCCGUCGAGGCUGUCGCUGAGGAGGCCGCCCCCGCCGUCGAGGAGCCCAAGGCCGAGGAGGCUGCUAAGGAGGAGCCCAAGGCCGAGGAGGCUGCCAAGGAGGAGGCGAAGGUCGAGGAGCCCGCCAAGGAAGUGGAGCCCAAGGCCGAGGAGGCUGCCAAGGUGGAGGAGCCCAAGAAGGAGGAGACCGCCACCGCUUAAGUUACAGACGUCGCUGCUGCGUUGCCCGCUCGAGACGACCCCCGAGAGCGUGCGGGCUCGCACGUCCUUAUUUUGCCAAUAAACUCUGUAUU